UUUGCUCUGUUGCAUUCAAUAAUUGAUAUUUGGGCUUCUGGCUACUUGCACUGUAGCCCCUUUUCAUCUUAUUCUCUCUACCCACCCCCUCCGAUUGUCCGCCAGCGGCAUGUCCAACUUCCAGCAGCUCCAAGCGGCCAUCAACGAGCGUCUGUGCGCGGCCGCCGAGGAGAUCUUUGAGGCGGUCAAAAGCACCAUUGUUGGCCUUGAGGAGGAGCUACGGCAGUCCAAACUGGAGCUCGAACGCCGUCAAACAGACAAACAACACACAGUUUGCACUGCGGCUUCCUGGACGAAAGAGGACGCCAUUGAGUCGUGUACAACACUAGACCAGAUCCACCAAAGCAGUCGCACUCCAACUGGCCUGAACAUCGGCGGCUGCAGGAUGGGUUUGAGCUGUGCGGGCAGGACUGGAAGGCGCCGCUGGAGCAGGAUCCCACCAGCAGUGAUCGGUGAUGAGGAGUGGCGGCCUGGUGAGAGCGACGAGGGAAAGAAAAAAUCAGUAAGAAAAGGCAAGCCCCCCUUCAGCUGCAAAGUGUGCGGGAAGAGCUUCCACGUCCUCAUCUCCUUAGCCAGUCACAUCGAGGCGCACCCCAAGGACUUGUGCGGCAUGUGCGGCGAGCGCUUCGACUCGGAGGAAAGCUUCACCCUGCACAUUGAGACGCACGUGAAGGACGGUGUGUGCAGCAAAGGCUCGGGGGCGGCUCUGGAGACGCUCUCUCGUGCGCACACGGGCGAGAAGCCGUUCACGUGUGGAGAGUGUGGAACGGAGUUCAAAUGUCAACGCAACUUCACGAGACACAUGCACACCCACACAGGAGAGAAACCCGAUCCCUCCCAGGAAAACAGCAUCACGUUGGCGCCGUUUUCACAAUUCCAGAGCGUGAAAGACUAUGAGCAGGGCGGCUCACAGGAGGAGCAGGUGUCCAUGGCAUGCAACGACGACGACGACAAGGUGGCGUGCGAAGAGGAAGUGGUGUGUGAGGAUGAUGGCGACGGGGCCUCACUGGACCAGAAACCAUCUCUACAAAACACACAGGGCGAGGACAGUGAUGAGGAGUGGCAGCCCAGCAAAAGCGACGUGGCUAAGAAGAAAACGGUGCAGAAGCCCAAACCGUCUUUCAGCUGCAAAGUGUGCGGGAAGAGCUUCCAUGCCGUCAUCUCGUUGGCCAAUCACAUCGAGGCGCACCCCAAGGAUGUGUGCGGUGUGUGCGGCGAGCGCUUUGAUUCGGAGGAAAGCUUCGAGCGUCACGUCAGGACUCAUGUGAAGGGCAGCGUGUGCACCGUUUGCGGCAAAGGCUUCGGCACGGCCAAGGCUCUGGAGACGCACGUGCGUGUGCACACGGGCGAGAAGCCGUUCGUGUGCGCUGAGUGCGGGAAGGCCUUCAAUUGUCAACACAACUUGACGAGGCACAUGCGCAGGCACACGGGAGAGAAACCCUAUGCCUGUGAGCUAUGCGGACAACAGUUCAGCGACCACUCCACCAGGAAGCGCCACAUGCUGGUGCACGAGAGCGAGACGGAAACGAGCGGCAAGCAGCCCAAGAGUCGCGUGGUCUGCGUGGUGUGUGGCAAAUUGUUCCACUCCAUCAUUUCUCUGGUCAACCACGCCGAUAGCCAUCAGACAGACUGCGGGGUCUGUGGCGCGCGAGCGGACGACCUCAAGGCGCACCUGCGGACGCACAACAACGGCAAAGCCUGCGACGUUUGCGGCAAGCGUUUCGACGGCGGUCGUGAUCUGGACACUCACAUGCGGGUGCACACGGGCGAGAAGCCCUUCCUGUGCAGCGAGUGCGGGAAAGCGUUCAACUGCCAGCACAACAUGUUGCGCCACAUGCGCACCCACACAGGCGAGCGCCCCUACGCCUGCGACGUGUGCGGGAAGCUCUUCAAUGACUACUCGGCCAGGAUGCGACACCUGAUCACGCACCGGAAGGACAAAAAGUUGGACGGCGAGCGUGCACGGACGUCCAAGAAAAGCCGCGUCAUCUGCGUGGUGUGCGGACGGAUGUUCCACUCCAUCAUCUCGCUGGUCAAUCACUCAGGUGGCCACCAGACGGACUGCGGCGUGUGCGGCGCUCACGCCGACAAUCAAGAAAAACUGAAGGUGCACCUGAUGACGCACAGCAACGGGAAAGUUUGCCAGGUGUGCGGGAAGUGCUUCGACAGCCGCAGAGAUCUGGACACGCACAUGCGGGUGCACACUGGCGAAAAGCCCUUCGCCUGUGGCGUGUGCGGAAAAGCGUUCAACUGCCAGCACAACAUGACGCGGCACAUGCGCACACACACGGGCGAGAAGCCGUACGCGUGCGAAGUGUGCGGGCGGCGCUUCGGCGACCAGUCGUCUCUCAAAAAGCACAACGACAUGCACACGGGCGAGAAGACGCACGGGUGUGAACUCUGCGGGAAGACGUUCUUCCGCAAGGCCAACCUCAGGCAUCACAUGAAGUGCCAUGGGGCUCAACAUUGAUGUCAACUACAGUCUUUUCCAGUGUUUCUGUAUAUUUUUCCCCAUUAUGUGCUAUUUGUUUAAAAAAAAAAAAAACAGCUUUUAUUUUGGUCAGGACAAACUCUAAUAUGAAAGUAAUGCUUUGGCGCAUUGUGGCAUCUUUUUGCCAAGGCACUAUAGUAGGGCCUUGAAACUAGUAACCCAGCUUCAAGGUUUUCUACAUAUGGGCAUUUUUGUAACUUUAUUUUUUAUUUUUUUUGUUUUGAUUUGCAACUGACCAUAUGAUUUAGUCAUGGUGUAGUGGUACACAUGCCUGCCUUUGGUGCAGGCAGCGUGGGAUCAAUUCCUGCUCAGUGGUGGUGUCGAUAUGGGCCCUGUGACUGACAAGUGACCAGUUGAGUGUGUAGUCUGUCUGUUGCCCGAAGUUAGCCGGGAUAGGCUGGGUGAUUCCCACAAUCCUUGUGAGGAUAAGCGAGGGGCAUGGACACUUGAUAUGAAGCUUUAUGGUGACAUUAAAUGCAAAAAAAGGAGGCCUCAAAGCCAUUUUGUGUGUGUGUGUGUGUGUGUGUGUGUGUGUGUGUGUGUGUGUGUGUGUGUGUGUGUGUGUGUGUGUGGUGUGUGUGUGUGGAUUGAUAGAUAUAUAUACACACACACACACAUUCUUGCCACUCGUAGUGAACUAUCUGUCCAUGCAUCAGUUAUCUCAGCCGCUUAUCCUCACGAGGGUCGCAGGAGUGCUGGAGCUUAUCCCAGCUGUCAUUGGGUAGGAAACAGGGUACACUCUGAACUGGUUGCCAGUCAAUCACAGGGCACAUCAAGACAAACAGCCACACUCACAAUGACACCUAGGUGCAAUUUAAAGUGUCCGAUUAAUGUUGCAUGUUUUUGGAAUCUGGGAGGAAACCGGAGUGCCCGGAGGAACCCCACACAGGCACUGGGAGAACAUGCAAACUCCACACAGGCGCGUCCGGUAUUGAACCCGGGACCUCAGAACUGCGACGCCAACGCUUUACCAGUUGAUUCACCGUGCCGCCCAUAGUGAACUAUCAAGCUAAAUUUAAAGCAUUGUGUAUACAAACAAUCACCUCCACUAGCAUAAUGCUAAAAAGUAAUGGGAAAUGCCAUAGAUGAAUAAAAUUAGUAUUGUUGUUGCGUUGGUUAUAACCCUUUAAGAAAUGCAUAUUUGAACCCAAAUGGUGGAGCAACACAUCCACAGAUAAUAUAAAAAUACACGGCAGAUGUAAUGCUUCACAUUCUCUUUAAUCAUGACUAUAUGUUUUUAUAAAGUGCAAUAUUGUAAUGCUGUUUUUUUUACAUUGAAAGUUUGGGGGGGGGGCUGGAAAAGGUCAAACUCUUAUCUAAAGGCACCACUGCAUGUGGAAGUGAGGGCAGCUGAUUUGCAUGGACAAGACAAAGCCAUGACCAAUAGAGAUUUGCUGCCAUCUUGUGGCAGGUUCAGAGUUUGAACUGCACUCUGGCGCAUUGUGCUGCAAAUUCAAGUUUUGUCCACCAAAAAACAAGCUGCCAACACCUUGCUGAUAUAUGAAUCCACGACACCUUGAAGGGGGGAAAACACCAAAGAGAACUUCUGUGAAUGUUAACUCUUAACACUGGGAGUACAAUUUGUCCACUUGUUUUAAUAAACUUUUACUGAGACUUGG